AUGGAUGAUCGUCGUGGACUUGAUCUGAAUGAAGUAGCAAUUGAGGCUUUGAGUGAUUCAGAAAAUUUGGAAAAGGGUGGUUUAUCUGGCAGUAAUGCUAGGAUGACAAGCAGCGGUGAUGUAAGAAAAGAAGCAGAUGGUAGUAAGCAUGCAAGCGGUAGCAACACAAAUGUAUCUUGUAAUACAGAAGCUGUAACUGGAAAAACACUGUCGAGUGAUGACUCAGAAGGUGGUGAUGAUGAUGACGAAGAAGUCCAGUCAACACCAUGCAGUCAAACUAACAUCCAGACACCUUACCCAGGCAUGAUGUUUGAAUCAUGGGACGAGGCGAAGUUGCACUACAACAGAUAUGCUCAUCAAGUUGGUUUUUCCAUCAAGUGUAGUACAUCGAAGAACUCGACCAUUGAUGGACAGAAGGACAAGCAGCUUUUUGUUUGCAACAAGAGUGGCAAAAAUGAGGAUAUCAAUCAACUAGAUGUACCUCCAGUUAGGCAAAGGAACCGGAGCAUCACUAAGAAAACAGAAUGCAAGGCUCGUAUGAGAGUAAGAAGGAAAGGGAAGAAGUGGCAUGUAACAUACUUCAUUGAGGAGCACAAUCACAAAUUAAUAAAGAAAUUCUCGUUGAAGAAGUACUUAAGGUCUCAUAAAGGAAUUCCUAAGGAGGAAAAGGAUUUUGUAAGACUAUUGCAUAAGGUCAGUCUCUCAGCAGGAAGGAUCAUGCGGAUUAUGGCAGAAGUAUAUGGAGGUCUGGCCAAUGUUCCGUACGACAGUAAAGAUGUGAGUAACUUAAUGUCUAACAUAGAUAACGAGCACUCACAUAAAGACAUGUCGCUGCUGUUAGCUCACUUUGCGAGGAUUAAGAAGGAUGAUCCUGAUUUCUACUUCAACUUACAUACUGAUCAUGCAGACAAGGUUGACCGCAUAUUCUGGGUGGAUGGAGCUGCUAUAGCUGCAUACAAAAACUAUAGCGACUGCUUGUCAUUUGACACUACCUACAUGACCAAUAUGUAUGGCAUGCCCUUUGCCCCAUUCGUUGGUAUCAACCGAUAUGGUCAAACUAUACAACUAGGCUGUGGUUUCCUUCGGAACGAGAAUGUUGAGAGUUUUGUAUGGUUUUUUGAGGAGUUUCUUGAAGCUAUGGGUGGCGUCCAACCGCAGAACAUCAUAACUGAUCAAGAUGCAGCCAUGCGAACUGCUAUUCUGGAAACAUUUCCUGAUUGUUGUCACAGGAACUGUAGGUGGCACAUUAUGCAGAAUGCGCAACCUGUACUUGGUAAUUUCAUGUCUAAGCAUGAGGAUCUAAGGAAUGAAUUGAAUGAAAUUAUUGACUACAGCAUGUCAGUUGAGGAAUUUGAAGACGUACAUUUGUCCCUGCCUACUUUAUGGACCGGUUCUUCCCGUUCCUACGGACUCAUCGCUCGCAGUGAGGGUUUCAAUGCUGUUUUGAAAAGGUACAUUGACCCGCACAAUAGCCUGCACAAUUUCUUUGAACAGUACUUGAAGUUGCAGGAAAAAAUUGAUGUAUCAGAGGACUCUGUUGAGUUUAAGGAUGAAGAUAAAACUGUUAGGGCCUGGGGAGAUUUCCCUCUGGAAGAGCAAGCUUUGAAUGUUUAUACACGACCCAUAUACUUACGUUUCCGUGCUGAGAUUCGGAAAGUGACAUCCUACAAUGUACAACAGCUUGAUGUAGAAAAAUUUGAUGUUGUUCCAAUUAAGCCUUCAGUCUUUGGUUAUGGGCGGAAAAGAUACAGGGUUGACGCUAACUUUGCGACAGAAACUUACAGUUGUGAGUGCUGCAAGUUUAGUAGGGACGGGCUGCUGUGCUGCCAUAUAAUGAGAGUUAUGGUACAAUUGGGUGUAAUUGAAUACAUUCCAGAGAAAUACAUUCUAAACAGAUGGAGAGUACCCCAGGAAACAAUCGUGGUGGAAAAGAUGGAUUUGCCUCAAGUGCCAGCUGACAGGAAAAUGAAUAACAAAGAAAGGCAGUUGCUACGGUAUGGAACGUUAUGCAAUGAUUUUACAAGUGUAUCCAAAAUUGCAUGUACUUCAGACAAAGCAAAAGCUGUAGCAGAUAAAUACAUCACCGCUCUGGAGAAGGAGUUGAAAGCAAUGAAAGCUUCUGACUCGGCGAAACGGAAAAAAAAGAAAACCGCUGGUACCACUGAAGGUGACUCACCAGGUGUAGAAAAUAGUGGUGAUCCUGGGCAAGGAAGUUCUUCCAGAUUUGAUCAUGUUGAGGAUCCUGUGUACACUACCACUAAAGGGCGUCCAGGAGAAAAAAGGAAGCAAUCUGGUCUCCACUUGAAGCCUUCUAAAGCCGUGAAGUGCAGUGUUUGUGGUUCUAUUCAUCACACUGCAGCUACAUGCCCCUCAAAGCUUACCCCAGGGCCAGAGCAAAAGGAAAUAGACUUUUUCCGUGACAUGGUGUAG